GGAAGCUGUACGCGUCGCCUUGAGUGGAUCUGGCGUUGAUUGUAUCCGCGAUACAAACUGUACGGAAAACACUUCUUUCUAAGCAGCCGACAUGGGUGUAUUGAGAGAAGAAGACGCUUGUCUUUCGAUGGAUGAAAAGCUGCUUUAUUUCAUGGAUCAGCUCGAGUUAUUGGAGGAGAAACGAAAGACUCUGAACUCUCUCAUCGAGCAGGGGUGGUUCUCCAUAAGCAAGGCCCGUUAUUCUAUGGGAAACAAGCAGGUUUCUGCUCUCCAGUUUGCAAACGAGAUGGAGCCACUGGUUUCUGUGCAUGUUAGAACCUUGGAGAACGAUAAGGUAGAAUUCUGUGCAGUAAGAUCGUCACAAAAAUGCAGUGACGGAUUUGUGAAAGAAUCAUCCUCAAUAGAGGAUAUUGGGCCUCAAGAAGAAGGCGUCAGACGAAGAAAAAAUGCAAAAAGUGAUGUUGCAGAAAAAAAGACAAGUGAAGACGUAAGCAGUAAAAAAGUUUCUGAGGUAAACCCAGGCAAAAAAAGAGACCAUAAUCCUCAGCAGGACCCACUAAAGUGGUUUGGGAUUUUGGUGCCGCAGUCUCUGAAACAAGCACAGUCGUCGUUCCAACAAGUCAUAGAGCUUUCAGCUGAGAUUGCAGCUCUGCAGAUCGUGGUUGUAAAUGCCAGACAGCAACUGAAGCAUGACUUGAGAAACAAUGAUGGCUCAACUGGUGCUGGACUCAAUACCUCUGCUCAAUUAGAUGAGAAGCAAGCGGAUGUUCUUUCAGCAAAUGAGAGUCCAUAGAUCACAACGUCAGAAUCAGAUAAUCCAGUUAUUGCUGGAUUUAAAUGUGGAAAUCACAGGCUGAACAAUUCCUGCUUCUUUAAUUAUUGUUCAAUAAUUUUCCAUGUUGUUGCAAAAUGCGUAACUUAUUUGAGUUUGUAUAUAAAUGUGUUGGAGUUUGUAAAUUUUACUAAGACUUGUGAGCAUUCUAACAAAUUGUCAUCACAGCUUAAAUAAAUAUGGAAUCAACUACAUUUUGUGUUGAAAUAUUUGAUAUCCCUUUACUAUUACGGUAAAUGAAGCCAAAAUUGUUUGGUCGACAUGCCGGUGUAACAUUUUGAACUGUUUCUUCAUUCAGAUAAAUGCAAACACUUAUUUGUAGGUAAGUCAGUGAUGCUAAAUAACACAUUUUUCUGAAUUGCUUUAAAUUAUUCAUUCUUGGUUGGUUUAAACAUGGUAUCAAUUGUACAGCUAUAUACACUGAUCAGACAUAUCAGGAUCACUAUCUUCCUAAAAGCAUCUUCCCUUUUGCUCUCAAAGCAAAAGGGACCAUGUCCAGUAUUAUACUGGACAUGGUCAAUGUUUCCAGUUGUGUACUAUUUAAUUUUUUUUUUUUCUUCCAACAAAAUGAGCAGCUCAAAAAUUCACCAAGAUUCUUUUCACUAAAUGC